UGCUGGCUAAAGCUGGAUCAGCGCAUCGACAAGCAAAUCAAAAAGAAUUGGCUAUUUGAGUUCCAAGUGAAAUUCUUUCCCUACGACAUGGACUCCAUAACCGAGGACCUUACUCGUUACUACCUGUGUCUUCAAGUUAGACAAAACCUUCUCAGUGGACAGUGA